GGGUGCGCCGCAUCCAGCGCUUCUCAUCUGCACAUAUGGAGUUGGGCUCGGGCUUUGAGUACACUUCGAGCCGGCUUUUCGAUGCCAUGUAUCAAAUAGCAGAAGAGCUGCAGUCGCCAGCGGGCAAGCGUUACGUCUCGGCUGCCAUCUGCGUAUGCGGAAGUCGCAUCGAGGCAACGGAGGUAUUGUCCGAAGACAAACCGAGGCGGCUAGCAGAGGCCCUCACGCACCUUGCUACGAGCUGAGUGGCAUUCAUGUUGUGGCCAUUCUUCGCCAACGGGUACAAGUUGAUGGACGGCCUCCGUACGGCAUCAUGGGAAAAGGAUAUUCGGGAGUUGGCUUGUCCGCGUUACCCGUGUCCAGGACGUGAAGGCACUGAUGAUGAGACCACAGUAUUGUCGCGUUGCUGGCACAGUAUGCAAGAUGAGAUCUUCAAGCGAGAUGACUACACUUGCGCUAUGAC